AUGAUCACCUGAAAGUGAAAAUUCAUCGAAUUAUAGAGAAAUAUGGUCAUUUGCCACUACCUGUUCCCGUCCCUGCAUAUGAGAUCGACACUACAGCUACUGCUUUGGGUACUUGGGUGCAAUGGCCAAAAAAUUUAGCACAAAUGUUAAGUGAUGAGGUUACACCGACACCUAAAAAACAAAAAGGGAUUUCGGGGGAGGCUGUUAGAUCUUCUAGCCAGUUGCAUUCAGCCGGUUCGGCUUCUCAGUUUAGUCCAGUUAUCGACGAUCGAUCGUUCUUGGACUCCCUCACUGAGGACUGCAGGGAGUUAGCAGAUACGCUUGCCCUUGCCGUCGCAGACGAUGAUGCUGUUGGUGUUACCUUGCCGAGAUCCUUGUUCCAUUAUUCGAGAGAUGAUGGCACCGCUUUUCUGACCAAGGAGGAUAUUGGACAGGCUACGCAGUCGGACUUGGAUGGAUUUGGGGAUGCUAUUGGACGUGUUUGUUGGAUGUGUCCGCAAAGCACCGUUAUGGAGUCGCAUUCAUCAUCAAAGGAGGUAACACAGUACAUUGUGCAUGCUAUGGUUGGAUGCGUCGAUGUAGAUGCUAGUAUCAUGUUCGCGCCAAUCUUUCAAGAGUAA